AUGGAUGAUAGCGCAGGGACCCAGCCAGAAAAUUUUCCAGAAUUUCAGCGGAACCAUGGAGAGCCACCGCGAGAACAGAAUGAGGAGGAGGAGGAGCGACAACCAGCAGUUUCUUCUGUUUUCGUGGACAUAAAUCGUCACAAACGGAAAGCUCGUGAACUAGAAAUGUCACAACAAAGCUCUGUUGAACUGGAGAAGUCAUCAGUGACGGUGUUGACAUCAGUUGAGACUAAAGAACGGGAAUCGAAUGCGAAGGAGCCCGAUGUCGAAAAUGGAACCCAGAGAGCGAAGAAUGACGAGGACGAAUGGCCCUUCCUUCUACGCUUUCCCAUGACCGUGUUCGGCAUAACGAUGGGUUUGGGAAGCCAUGCUAUAAUGUGGAAAAAUAUUGCGCAUUUGAAGUCGAUGCGCACUUUUCACGUACCACGAUUGAUCGGCGCCAUCUUCUGGUUCCUAUGUCUUCUUCACUUGUUAGUUAUCACCACGACAUAUUGUGCCAAACUCUCUAGAUGGCCAAAGGCCGUUCACUUGGAGUUUCUACAUCCGGUGAGAUCGAAUUAUUUUGCAGCUCCCUUCAUCUGCUGUCUGUUUCUCGUCAUAGGUGCUCCCAGUUUUGCCACAGGAGAUGGAAGCGGAUCGGCGAUAACUCCCUUUCUUGUCGUUCAUGUGUGGGAAGCGUUCUUCUUCACAGCUCCGCUGAUUUUGUACGAGGUCCAUCUCUAUGGCCGUUGGCUCAUGAGCAGUGUUGGCAGAUUAAGCGAGAUAGGCAAUCCGACGACACAAAUCGCUGUGGUUGGAAACUUCGUCAGUGCUACGACUUUUGCCUUGGCUGGAUACAGAGAGAUGGCCAUCUUUCCGUUCACUGUUGGGAUCAUGCACCAGAUGGUGGUUUUUGCAGUUAUAUUUUCCGGAAUUCCUCCGAAAAAGGUCAUUGGUGUGCAGCUAAGGCCUUCUUACUUUCUAUUCGUAGCUCCUCCCAGCGUUGCUGCCGUGUCUUGGAGUCAUAUACAAGGGAGGGUCGAUGACUUUGCCACCAUACUCACGUUCAUGGGAGUUUUUUUCCUGAUCAUCAUGGUCUCCCGCGCAAGUUUUUUCUUCACAGGAGUGAGGUUUUCGUUGGCGUGGUGGGCUUUCACUUUCCCGUCAGCGGCCAUAAGCAUAGCAGUCAUGAAUUACGCAUCUUCUAGAUCCAUCGAUCCCCCACAUAUGAACGUCCCAAAGAUAUUUUCAUUCGUCUUGGUUCUUUCUGCUAGCCUAAUGUUGAUAGCCAUAUACGUAUGUACCUUCCGCCAAGCCCUUUCAGGUGAACUUUUUGGAAAAGACGAGGUGGUGAAAUCUGUUGUCCACGUCUCGGAAGAAGGUGGACUUGAAACUCAAACAUUAGCAUAA